AUGUCAUUGCUCAGAAUGAGUCUAUAUACUUAUGCUUCACCUCAAGUUAUUGCGGCUCUGAUCAAAUCUGGAACAGUGAACAAGGAUUGGGCAGUGGUAGAUGUGAGAGAUGAUGAUUUCUUGGGUGGUCACAUCCCUGGGUGUCAUCAUGUUGCGUCUAUAGUUUUUCGAGAAGAGUGUCGCUCUCUUAUCGAACGUUUGAAAGAUAUCCCGCACGUUUUUUUCCACUGUGCAUUAUCACAGCAAAGGGGUCCUAGUGCUGCCAAUACCUACGCUGUGAUGAGGGAAGAAUGUCUCGAAAAGGGUUUGAUCAAAUCGUCACUUCCUUUCGGGCCUGAGGCUCGAUGCCGUGACGAGGCUCAACAAAUUAUUGUACUCCGCGGGGGCUUCACAGAGUGGGCUAAACAAUAUCGUGAUGACCCUGAGCUCAUAGAAGGACUCAAUCCUUCGAUGUGGUGA